CGUGCGGCGGCGCGUGCGCGCGGGCGGCGGAGCCGUCGGGAUGUCGCGUUACGGCCGCUAUGGAGGCGAGACCAAGGUGUACGUGGGCAACCUGGGCACGGGCGCCGGCAAAGGCGAGCUGGAGAGAGCCUUCAGCUAUUACGGACCGCUGAGAACCGUGUGGAUCGCCAGGAACCCGCCGGGGUUCGCCUUCGUGGAGUUCGAAGACCCCCGGGAUGCUGAAGAUGCUGUCCGUGGACUUGACGGGAAGGUGAUCUGCGGCUCCAGGGUCAGAGUGGAAGUAUCCACAGGGAUGCCGCGCCGCUCCCGCUACGAUCGGCCCCCUGCCCGGCGCCCCUUCGACCCCAACGACAGAUGCUACGAGUGUGGUGAGAAAGGCCACUAUGCCUAUGACUGUCACCGCUAUAGCCGGCGAAGGAGGAGCAGGUCCCGCUCUAGAUCCCGCUCGAGGUCCCGAGGGAGAAGGUAUUCCCGGUCACGCAGCCGCAGCCGUGGUAGGAGGUCCAGGUCAGCUUCCUAUCGUAGGUCCAGGUCCGUGUCUCCUCGUAGGUCUAGGUCCGUGUCUCCCCGCCGGUCCCGGUCGGGUUCCUUGAAGAGAUCAAGGUCUAGAUCAAGAUCCAGAUCUAGAUCCAGAUCUGUUACAUGGCCCCGAAGCAGGUCUAGGUCUCAUGGCAGAUCAAAGUCUGGCUCGCCAGCUAAGAGCCGGUCCAAGUCCCGGUCAGCAUCUCCAAAGAGAAGCCGUUCACCAUCAGGAAGCCCUCAACGAAGUGCAAGUCCUGAAAGAAUGGAUUAAAGUUAUGAAGUUAAUCUUUUAGGAAGAAAGUUAUUUUGAUUACAUUAUUAUAAGGGAUUUUGUGGUGUCUUUGUAAAUGUAAGAAUGUAGAUAGAAGAGUAUAUCAACUAAAAUUUGGCAUGAUCUGGGUCUUCUGAGUUAGUCACACCAAUAGACUAGCACAGGUCUCUUUUUAUUGUAUGAAUUAACUUCCUGUGAUAUGAAAAUGUGGGACUUUUUUAUUGGCACAUUGAAAUAAAAUGUGUAUUUUUAACUAAAA